UAUAGUUUUUACAGUUUAAUGAGAUAUUUAAAGUAGUUAAUUUAUCGUAAAUUUACAUUAUUGUUAUGAUGUCCAUGUAUACAUCUUCAAUUGCGGGGGCGUUUUCAGUAUCAAUGAAAUAUUCUACGAGUAAUGACUCAUGAAUGAUAGUAUCUAUAAAUUAAAUGAUAUUAGUAUUGUGCACCUAACAUGAAUGAAAUUUUUAGUUAAGUUUGAUACGAUCGCUUACCACUUUAUAAAAAUCAUGUCAUCAAUAUCGUUACCAAGAGUUUUACAAAAUAGAAAAACAAGCCUCGAUCAGGAAAGAGAACAAUUUGAAAAAAUUCAGGCAGCUAGUAUAAGUAAAGCAAUUAACACAGCAGAAAACCCUGUUAAAGAAAAACAUGCUCGAAAUGCUAUAAUAGGAACUUUUCAAGAAAAAAGUGGUGAAACGUUCUGGAGAUGUGUUACUAAAUUACCAUUACAAGAACACCGUAUUGUUGCUUGGAAAUUUUGCCAUGUAUUACAUAAAGUUUUACGUGAAGGUCAUCCAAAUGUAGUACUAUCAUCCCAAAAACAUAGAACAUUAUUGCAAGAUUUAGGAAAGCUAUGGGUUCAUUUGAAAGAUGGUUAUGGCAAGCUCAUUCAACAGUAUUGUGAACUUUUACUAACCAAAUUAGACUUCCAUCGACGUAAUCCUGGUUUUCCUGGAAAUCUCGUAAUUUCAGAAGAAGUCCUUAACCAAAUUGGCGACAAUGAUGUAAAUAAUUAUUUUCAAAUGUGUGUUGAAAUGUUUGAUUAUAUUGAUGAAAUUCUUAAUUUGCAAUCUGCAAUAUUUGGUUCACUGGAUAUGUCCCGAUCAAAUUCAAUGACUAGCCAUGGUCAAUGUCGUUUAGCACCACUUAUGCCUUGUAUUCUAGACUCUGCACAACUUUAUGAUCUUUGUGUGAAAAUAUUAUUUAGAAUGCAUGCCACCUUAUCACCAGAUUUGUUGUCGGGCCAUAGAAAACGGUUUUUAAGACAAUUUAAUAUAUUACGCCAGUUUUAUUUGGGUUCUUCUAAUCUUCAAUAUUUUAAAACACUGAUUCAAAUACCACUAUUGCCUGAGAAUCCUCCUAAUUUUUUAGUUCAAGCUGAAUUAUCAACAUAUGUUACACAAGCAGCUAUAGUGUUACCCGAUGAAGAUUUGCUAGAAAACAAUAGUAUGGUUGGUGAACUAGUUGAUUUAGGAUUAGGAAAUAGUGUUUCAAGUAGUGAUGCUAGCCAGAGAUCUCUGUCACCUGAUUUAUUAAUUCAGAGAGAUCAGAUAAUUCAGCAUUUACAUGGAGAGUUGAAUUCUCAUCAAAAUUUAAUUAUUCAAUUGAAACAACAAGUUUACACCUUAGAAAUGAAAUUAUCUAAAAAGGAUAGUGAAUUAACUCAAGAAAGAUUAAUUAAAGAUGAAUUAUUACAACAGACCAAUUCAAUAGCUAAUUUUGAAGAACUAGAUAAAAAAUAUAAACUUUUGGAAGAAAAAUUUAAUAAACUGAAAGAAGUUUAUACUAAACUAAGAGAAGAACAUAUAACAUUACUGAGACAGAAAGCUGUUGUUGAUAAAUCAUUGAAAGGAUCAGAGAAAAUUACUAAAUUUGCGCAAGCUGCCAAUACCCUGUUGUUGUCUAUUAAAUCAGAUGUUGAUAAACAACUGUCUAACCUGCGAACUGUAGAAUUUAACAUGACGCCACACAGAAUAAAAAUUGAAGAAGAAUUAGUUGCUUUACAAGCCACAGUUGAUUCUACUACUCGACAGAAUGAUGAAUUAGUUUUAAAAACUGAAAUGCUGUCAACAGAAUUAAACGAAUUAAAAAAAAAAUUAGAAAAUGUAGAGAUUAUGAAGUCAAAUCUAGAAUUAAAACUGGGCGAAUCAGAGGAUUUAAAAAUUUUGGAAAACACAAAAUGGUUUGAAUGUUGUCGAAAAAUAAUUGAACAUACAUUUGAUAUAUUAGAUGAUCCUUCAAUGUCUUCAUAUACUUGCUCUCCUGAGUGUUUGAUCUUAAUAAAAGAUAAACUUGUUGAAGCCAUUAAUAGAGGAAAAGACAAUGCUGCGGUAUUAGCUCACUAUAUUGCCAUGUAUGUUGUAUUUGGAAAAGCAGUAUCCAAUACGAAGUCUAAUCUAAAUGAUGCUCAAAGUUUGGCGGAUAGAUGCAAAGACGUUAGCAGAACAAGUGUUAAACUUUUAACUGCUUGGCAAACUGGUAGUAAAAUCGGAGAAUAUUGUGAAGAUUUAAAAAGUGCUGUGAAUGAUGUUGAAUCUAUGGCUCUUUCUACACAAGCGACCGAAUCAUUAGGAGAUUUAGUAGAAGAUGAAUUAUCAACCAUGGACAAAGCUAUCGAAGAAGCAGCAAAUCGCAUUCAGGAAAUGAUAACGGAAACAAGAGCUGCUCAUUCUGGAAUAAAACUCGAAGUCAACGAACAGAUAUUAGAUUCAUGCACAUCACUUAUGGCAGCAAUAAGAGUUUUGGUACACAAAUCGAAAAAACUUCAAUUCGAAAUUGUUGCCAAUCAAGGUAAUGAAGGAUCAGCAAAAGAGUUUUAUAAGCGUAAUCAUCAGUGGACAGAAGGACUCAUUUCUGCAGCUAAGUCAAUUGGCUUUGGUGCCAAAGGUCUCUUGGACGCGGCAAAUGAUGUUGUUAGUGCUGAUGGUAAUCUGUCGAGAUUAAUUGUAGCAUCCCAUAGUGUAGCAGCAGGAACUGCCCAACUAGUUGUUGCUAGUCGUGUUAAAGCGCCUCGAGGUAGUAGAAAUUUAGAUGAAUUAUCAAAAGCAUCUCGUGAUGUUACUAAUGCUACAGCAACAGUAGUAGCAACUGCGAAGUCGUGUACACAAUUGGUACAACAGCCAGAAGACCUAGACUUGGGUGUAUUAAAUGAGCAUCAAACAAAACGUUUGGAAAUUGAAUGUCAAGUUCGCGUUUUAGAAUUGGAGUCUUCUUUAGAGAAAGAACGUAUGAAAUUAGCUACACUACGAAAACUUCAUUAUCAAGAUGGCGAUCAAAGCUAACGAUUGGCUUGGUUUUUAUUUGCUCUAAACUGAAUUGAACAUUUUUUAAAUUGAAUCAAUUAUUAAUGUUGUUAUACGUGUUAUGACUAUUUUAUUAUUUUAUUAUUUUUAAUUUAGCUACAGUAUAUUACCGAAUUCAUAUUAUUGUAUACAUUACCUGCCCUAGAAUAAUUAAUAUUAUCAUCAAAUAAUAUCUAGAAUCUCUAAUAUUAUGCCUCACAAAAAAAAAAUUUUAAUUAAAUUUUUAUUUUUACAUAUGAACAAUAAAAUAUUUUAUUUUAUUAUUUUUUUAAGUUUAAUUUUUGUUGUCAAUUUUACAUCUAUUUGCUUUUACAUUGUUAAUAACUUUUUGUAAACAAUUUCAUCUUAACAAUUAUUUACACAACUGAAUAUUCCAUUUUACUAGAAUCGCAUUGAUGAUUACUCUCAUUCUUACCUUAGUAAUUUAUUGUAACAAAUUUUUUACACGUUUAUAACUAACUAAUAAUUUUUUUUGUUUUAACUAAUCUGAUAUUUUUAUACUUUUGUACUUCUCCUAUUACUUUAUACAUUAUAUUUACUUUAUUUGCAUGUGUUGAUACUAAUUAAUGUUUGAAGAUUAUUGUAAUUUCAGUUAGUCAUAUCACCCGUGAAACACAAAAAUGUACUUGUUCCUUUUUAUUAUAACCAUUGAAUUAAUUCAUUUUUGUAUAUGAUCGGAUCAGUUAUGUAAUCUCCGAUUUCGUAUAUUAAUAAAAUAUAUAUGAUAUGGUAUCUAUCUCA